AUUGGCUCGAAUCGAGGAUUGAAACGUUAAAGUAUGCGAAGCGCGGAGCGAGAUGUAGAUUGAAAAGAAAAAAGGAGGAUUGGAAAAGAGCGGAUUGUUCUACUUGCUUGGUUGGGGUCGGAUAAGGAGUGGAGAGUGGAGGGUGCAAGGGUGAGGACAAAGAAGUAGAAGAAGAGGCAGGGAAUCAUGAGCAGGCGAACCAUGCCACCGAAUGGAUUGAAUUCCUGCGAGAGAAUAAGGCCGGAACGACCCAGGAACCCUAUCCAAAGGCUCGUGUGGGGUCCAGGCUCUCAAUUCCAAGUGGGCCAAAUCGGCUUGCCCGAGGACGACGGUUCUAAUCCCCGAAUGGCUUUAAGAAGGUACGUAAGGUCGUUAUUAACUUUUUCGGGUUUUUCAGCGGAUCAAGGCGUACAAGCGGCAUCCCACCAGCGCCAACUUUCGCUCAAGUACAGCGAGAUUCAGCAAAGAUUGAUCGAUAAUCAGAGUUUGUUGAACACGUUGGAGAAAGCCGGUGACCCGACAAGCCUGGAAAGUCUGUUAUCCGAGCUGAAACGGAGGGUCGAGCAGGACAAGGAAGCUCUCAGACAAUGGACAGCUUUGAGGAAAUCCACUCAGAGCGGUGGGAACGCGAAGAAUCCACCGCUGGCCGCCACACUGUUGCAGUUCUCCAAGGGUUGCGAACUUGCCCUCGAAUUGAUGAGCGAGAACAGCCCACAGCGAUUCGAGGGGGGCGACGACUACGAGGAGGAAUCGAGCAGCAGCGCCGGUUAUCACACGGACGAGAGUUGCAGCCUUACGCCGGAACCGGCGCUCGUGUUUCUGGACGGGAGUGGGGGCAAUUUUUCGGUUGGCGGCGACGUGAGCGCAGAACGGCUGGCCGAAAUGUACUCGGCCCUCUACGACCACGCGCAUUUGCACACGUUGGACGCCCUGGACGCCCUCCGCCCCCUCAACGACGCCCCCGAUUUGAAAGCAAAGAUACUGUACUCGGUGGUGGUGCUGUCAUGGCGGUUGGCGGGCAUGAUUCAGACGUCGAGGUAUCUGGAAGCGGUGAAAAUUCUGAACGGUACCUCGGCCACGGCGCAAACGACGUUCACGGGGCUCGAGGAAUGCGUGAAGCGGCAAUUGGCGACUUCCGGCGCGCGAACCGGUUCCCGAGAGGUCGCGGAACAGGUGGUCAGCCAGCUGGAGAGGACGCUCUACGACUUUCCUUGCCUACGAGGUUGCGCCGAGGUGAAGAAUUACGCGUGUGCCUGUUCCAGUUUGGCCUGGGCCUGUUUGGCGCGUGUCACGCCUCUGGUGCUCGACGUGGCGCAAGCGUUCGAGUUCAGGCGAGACGUUCAUCUAAGGCAUCACGCGUCCCCAAACCCGAACGGAACGAGAAUCAAGACGGUUCUGUGGCCCGGUUUGAGGGAAGGCUGCCAAGGGGCCUGCCUUCGCAAGGCGGUUGUCCUUACGUCGUAAAUAAAUACUCUCCCUUUUCCUCUCGAAUCAGGCGGAGGUGGAAGAGGAAGUGCACGACUACGCCAUUGGCUGCUCCAAUUUCCACGCGUGCCUCGUCGCAGUCUUGAAUUUCCCAAGGGGAGCUGGAAUUACAUUUAUACUCCGUCUUAUGUAACAGAAACGCGUCGCACUCUUUACCCUCGAAAUAGGGUUUUAGCGUUGGCGGCGUGAUGAGAUUCUUUGAUGCGGAGCAACAACAGUUUUCCAAACAACAGUUUUCAAUUUCGUGUAUAUCUAUAUACACGUUUGCAAAAUAUCUUAAAUUUUUGUGAAACGCGGAUCGUAACGAACGAACCGUUGUAAAUUUUACGAAAAAAAAAAAAAUAUUUCCUCGAAAUCUAGCGAGAAGAAGUUAAUGAUUACGUGUCUAGGAAGAUAGAGACCACGCGAGAAAAAGAAGUGAGUAAAGUUUGAGAAUCGGAACUUCAUAUCGCGUAGCCGAACGAAUCAUUUCGCGAAUUAAAAAGUUUUCACGAAAAAACUUUUCUCGCGGCAGAUGCUUUCCGCUUGAAAGAAAUCGUGAUUGCCUCUCCGAGUCGAGAUAUAGUUUAUGUUGGGCGAGUAGCAGGAUGCUUCAGAAGUAUCGAUGCGUCGAGAUGGUUGCGGAGAGACGGCGAAACUGUUCGCCCUCUACAAUUUACAAUUCUCCAGACGCGAUAUUAUUGCCGUUGAUGUAAUAUUACUGGCGAAGAAAAAUUGUCUCUCUUUCGAUCCUUAUUCGGACGGAAGUUGAUUCUUUCCAAGUUCAACCUCCUUUUAAAUUCGACUUCGAAUAAAUCAUAAUCAUCUCGAUACCUUAAAUACCGAUUUAACCUUACCGUACGAUAAUCUAAGAUUUGCUUAAAUGUAUACUUACGCGAGGCUUGAACGUGUAUAAUGUCUCCUCGAUAACGUAGUUAAUGGUUUGCUUUCUUAAUCACCAUAUUAUCUUUGUUUGAAUUUAAUCCGACUUAAUCGCUCGUCCAAUUAUAUAUAUAAUUUACAUUACCGAAAAUGUAUUUACUCUCACAAUAUUUAUUCUCAAGAGAGAGACACGUUAAAUACAACAUCGAUGAUGAUUAUAUAUGAUAAAUUAUCGAGACGCGAUAAUUAUUCGAAAUUAUUUCGAGCAAAUAUUCACGAGGGAUAUAAACUAUAAAUACGAACUAAUUCGGUUAAAGCAACGUGUAUGCGCUUAUCUUUUAACCACAUAUUGUAUACAUGUUUUUUUAUCAAUUUAUAUAUACCGUUCAUUCAAAGGUAUAUAAGCGUGGUCGUAAAUUAUUGUACGAGCCGGUGACAAGAUUAAACGUUACGAUGAAUUUUUUUCCUUUUUGUUUUCUUUUUUUUCAAUGUCGUUGGGACAUUUUUAGUUUUUUCGCUAGAAUGAUUUUACGACCUCGCCAUUCUGGCCGUCAUUAUUAACUGUCCCGAUUGCAGUUGGUGGUACACAGAGAGGAAGUUAAAGCACCGUAACGACUAGUCUCUCGGAUUUCCAAGGUUUAUUAUAAAUCUCAUUUUCUAUAUACAUUAUUCAUACAUUUUUCUAAUUUUUUUUUUUUUUUUUUUUUUCGCUUAAUGUAACAUAAUGUAGAAAAGUGCAUAGACCUACUACGUGUUUGGCCCUGAUUUAAUUUGAACAGAUGCGCUUGGAAUACGAGUAAUCUCUACGUGGAAGAUGAUUGUUAUUCGAUCGAAAAUAUCGUGGAGAAUAUAUAAUUUAAAAAUACGGAUGGUGGUGCAUGUAUAUAUAAUGUAUGCCUGCAAAUGCGUGUAACGCAUUGAGAAAGGUGAACUCUAACUUAAAUGAUUUUUGUUGAUCAUGAAAGAACGCCUUUGGUCGAACAAGACUCGACAGAAAUUCGUAACUCUUAUAAUUGCAACAUUGUUGAUUAUUUACAAUCUAAUUUAAUCGAUAAACUUUGAUUUCAAACGUGUCCCGCAUUAUUUCAUCUAUAUAACAAUUGGCGAUCGAAUUUCAGUUCAAGUAUCGAGCAGUUUUUGCGACGAGCAACGAGUUUUACAAUCAUGCGCCAUUUCCCUUUGAAAAAUCGAUUCAAAUCAUUCCAAAUUUUCAAGAUAUUUAUUACAAGAUUUUACAAAAAUUUAUAAAUCAUCUUUUCAAGAUAAUUUUGAUUUUUUUCGUCGCUGAACGAUCGCAAAUGUUAUUAAAAAUACCAGCCUACUUUGUAACAACAAUUUAUCUUACAAUUUAUCUUAUCUAAG